UGUGUGUGGUUUCUCUCUCCCUUGCAAGAACCCAGCCGCCUGCCUGUCUCCUGCUGUCACUGCUGUUCUGACUAGCUUUUUGCUGCCUCUUUGCCUCUUCUUUCCUCUUUCUGCUUAGUUCCUUGCCUUUUGGUACCACUCCCGUAUGGAGGCCAAUCACUCUGUACAGCUCUCGGGAGAACCCCAGUCAACACCUCCAGGGGGCAGUUCAUCAUUAUCCAGUCAAAAUGACCUGGGGAAGCCAGGCGAUCAGGAUUCCUCAACCCCACUCCAAGCACCAUUGAAAGAGGCAGACGUGAAGCCUGAAACAGGGGCUCAUGACAUCACUGAAGAGUUGAAUAGACAACUGGAAGACAUCAUUAACACGUAUGGGUCUGCUGCCUGCACAGCAGGGAAAGAGAGCUCUACCAAGGCCAAGGAGCAGCCUGAGAACACAGAACCAGCUGACAGCGGGGACAGGGACUGUGAGGAAGCCACUGAAGAGACCGAGAGAGAACCCGUGGCUUCUGGAGAGCCACCUGCAGCCAAAGAGCCUGCCAGCAAUAAAGAGCAAAAAUUGGAAAAGAAAAUCCUAAAAGGAUUAGGCAAAGAAGCCAACCUGCUAAUGCAAAAUCUGAACAAGUUGCAAACACCUGAAGAAAAGCUUGAUUUUUUAUUCAAGAAGUACGCUGAAUUGCUGGAUGAACAUCGCACUGAGCAGAAGACUUUAAAGCUCCUACAAAAGAAACAGGCACAAAUCCAAAAGGAAAAGGACCAGUUACAAAGUGAACACAGCAGAGCUAUCCUCGCUCGGAGCAAACUGGAGAGUCUGUGUCGGGAGCUGCAGAGACACAACAAGACACUGAAGGAGGAAACCCUUCAGCGGGCACGGGAGGAGGAAGAGAAGAGAAAGGAGAUCACGAAUCAUUUCCAGAGUACCCUGACAGACAUCCAGGCCCAGAUUGAGCAGCAGAGCGAGCGGAACAUGAAGCUGUGUCAGGAGAACACGGAGCUCGCAGAGAAACUGAAAAGCAUCAUUGAUCAGUAUGAGCUCAGGGAGGAGCAUCUGGACAAAAUAUUUAAACACAGAGAACUGCAGCAGAAGCUGGUGGAUGCGAAACUGGAGCAGGCGCAAGAAAUGAUGAAGGAAGCAGAGGAGCGACACAAACGCGAAAAGGAAUAUUUGCUGAACCAGGCAGCAGAGUGGAAACUUCAAGCCAAAGUGCUGAAGGAACAAGAGACAGUCCUGCAGGCUCAGCUCACCCUCUACUCUGGGCGGUUUGAAGAGUUCCAGAGCACACUGACAAAAAGCAAUGAGGUGUUUGCCACUUUCAAACAGGAAAUGGAUAAAACGACUAAGAAAAUGAAGAAGCUGGAAAAGGACACGGCCACGUGGAAGGGCAGGUUCGAGAACUGUAACAAGGCUCUGCUGGACAUGAUUGAAGAGAAAGCAUUAAGAGCCAAAGAAUAUGAGUGCUUCGUGAUGAAAAUUGGGAGACUAGAGAAUCUCUGCCGAGCUUUACAAGAAGAGAGAAACGAACUCUACAAAAAGAUUAGAGAAGCAAAAAUGCCUGAGAAGGAUGACCAAGGUCAGCACACCUCCGACGAAGAGCCCGAGUCAACGGUUUCUGUGGGUGAAGAGGCCGACGCUGAGAAUGCCAAUAGUGUUCACAAUGCUGUGAAAAAUCUGGCCGCAGCCUUUAUGGUUAUUCACCAUUCAGAGCUGGCCCUUGACCAGUCCAAAGAAUUCCAACCAGAAUUCAGCAGUCUUCAAGGGGGCGGUGACAUGGCCCUCAAGGAGCCAGAACAGCCCUCUCUGAGCCCUUCCUGCCAUUCAGAGAGUUCCCCACCUCCCUCAGCUUCUCAAGCUGAGACUGAAGGAGGCAAUGAGGUAGAACCUCCCCCCAAGGCCAGUAAUCUCCCUGUGCGGUCCCAAGCAGAGCCCCAAGACCAGGGUCUCCCCACUGAAGUACUGGCUGAUCAGGAGCCCCUUCUGGAGGCAGAAGCUUCUGGUCAGACCCCACAGUCCCCAGUAGAGGCCUCCCUAUGGGGGAUGGAGGCCAAUGGUCCUGCUCCACCACCCCCAGGAGGUGAGAGAGUUCCAGCUGAGGCGCCUGGAUGUGAGCCCAGUAGGCAGCCUCUGCCAGCAGCAGCAGCAGAGGGCCUGCUAGGAGGGGCCUCAGCUGGACCCCAGCUGCCCAAAGUGGCUGACACCAACGUGGAGGAAGUAGACUAAGGCUCAUGGUGCCUCCGGAGGCUGUUCUUCCUGACUUCACAUCUUCAUCAUAACCGACUCUUCUGAAAGAGGCAUAGGGCUAGGGAUGUCUAAUGGAAGAGACUUAAUUAGAAUCAAAACAUUUUUAAAUGUUAUGCAGAGCUCAUUCAGCCUUUUGCUAUUUGUUCUCAAUUUGGAGCUUUUCUAUUUAUCACUGGUUGAUAGUAUAAUUUUCCCAAAUGGCAACAAAACAUGCUAAUAGAAAAUUUAUAUUAAUUUGCCAUUAAGAUGGUACUUCACUCAAUUUGUUAAUCAACAGUAAGAUUUGGUAUUUAAAGACUUCCACUACAAUAUAUAAAUACUGAAAA